AGAGGCAACUAGCCAAUCGCGGCUCGCCAGCUGGUUUUCGACUGGCUCUGCAGUCAGCAGUGGAAAUCAAAUCUUGCUUUGCUUAGUAUUUCUCAGUUGACGUACACCGGUUCUUGCUGACGUGCUGAUCCAACAGGUGCAGCAUUCAAUUUCACAGGAUGAUUCCUCUAAGGAUAAGUUUUGUGCAGCUUUGUCUGGGUUUUAUUCUUCUUAUUGGAACAAUUUCAGCUCUAAGAUCCGAAGAUUGUGAAGUCUGUAUCAAGGUUGUUCAUAAGUUCAGUGAAUCAUUAUCAGAUGAGACACGCAAGGAUCCUAAGAAAAUAGAAGAUGAAUUCAAAAAGUUCUGUAAAUCAUCCAAGAGUAAGGAGAACAGAUUUUGUUACUAUUUAGGGGGCUUAGACGAGUCAGCUACAGGAAUUCUUGGAGAGCUUUCCAAACCUCUUUCAUGGUCAAUGCCUGCAGAGAAAGUUUGUGAAAAGUUGAAAAAGAAGGAUAACCAAAUUUGUGAUCUGAGAUAUGACAAAACAAUUGAUCUGAAAACAGUAGACCUCAAGAAAUUAAAAGUCCGUGAUCUUAAGAAGAUUCUCAAUGAUUGGGAUGAAACUUGUGAUGGAUGCCUUGAAAAGUCAGAUUUUAUCAAGCGCAUAGAAGAAUUGAAGCCACAAUAUGUACACUCUGAGCUCUAAAAAAAUGUAAUUGAUGUAUGUUGUUUCAAGAACUGACUGAGAUAAUUUUUAAAUUGUUCUAAGAGAUCUGUUUCACUUUAUCAUUUUUAAGUUGGGUGCACUAAUAGACAGAACAAACAGUAUUGUACCAAAAGGCAUUGGUCCAGAGCAGAUUUUUCACUUCCACUGUGUUCACUCUUGUAAAGUGCUCAAUUUGAAAUGCCUCACAAUUUCUGUUAUGAAAAAAAAAAACCAAUUUGUUCAGCUUUAAAUCUUUUGAGUGGUUUGUCCAUCGGUGAUUUUAAUUCUCUUCUGUCUUGUGCAAGUUAGCAUUUUUUGGGUUAUUAUUUCCUGGAUGACUUACUAGCUUCAUUACUGAUAUAAGUUCCUCUUUCAUCGAUUGGCUAUCUAUGUGGUCUGUAAAAUUCAUCUCUAGGUAUGUGGUGCACGGGAGGGGAUUGACAAACUGUAUAUUUAUAAGUCCAUUUAUGGACUUGUGUUGAUAUAAAGUAUUGAUGUGAAACUGUGAAGUGUGGUGUGGAUAGAAUUCUAGGAAAGGUGUUCAAGUAUGGGUGAAUGCCUUUUUGUACAUAUUUUAGUGAUUUGUGAUCCUGUAUAGACCAGAAGCAAUUUUGACAUCGCAUACCUUACAUGAACUCAGUAUUUCCCAGUGAAUUCUACAGACAUACUUAAAAUUAGUACACCUUCAUGCCAAAUAUAAGUAUAAGUGUGUAAAACGAAUCCACAUUCAAUUAUGUCAGAACUUUGUUGUGUAAAGGUGAAACUUUUAAUGAAUGUCAGCUCAAUGACUGAAAAAGAACAAGAAUAAAUAUUUAUUUAAAGAAAA